ACCCCUGCUAAAUGCAUACCUUGUGCCGGGCUCCGGUAGAGACACGUAGUAAUAUCCGCUCUAGCCUUCCGACCUAGCCCUCCGGAGAGGUCUCAGAACCAGCACACAAUAGCGGGCCAAUGUGCAGUUAGCUAGGGCAGAGAGGGGACCAUCCGGGUGUGGCCGAUUGGAAAGGCUCAGAAGUUAGAUAAUUGGAGAAGAGAAAGAACUCUAGAAGAGCUUUCUAGACAAAGUGCCUGAAGCCGGAAGCACUUCAAGAAGUUGAAAGCAAACUAAUCUAGCAGAAAGCCAAGAGUCUUCGCUGCACGUCUCCUGGGCCGCCGACCUGAUCCUCCUUCACCCUUGUUCAUCUCGGCUCUUCUGUUGACAGCAUGGAUGUGGAGGAGGAUGACUUGUGUCUGCUGACAUCUCUGCUGGAGGAGAGCGAGGCAGCCUUGCCCUGUAGUUCAGGAGAGAAUAAGUCCUUGUCUCUGGAAGAUGGCGGCGACCCAGAUGAAUUUGAUGAGCUUUUUGAUGCUGAUGGUGACGGUGAAUCUUACACAGAAGAGGCUGACAGCGAAGAGGGAAAGACCGGAAACCAGGAGGAGUGCUUGGCCACUCUCUUUGGCGAUGUGGAGGACUUAACAGAUGAUGAAGUUCCUACAUCACAGGUUGACAGCAGCGUCCCCCCUGCUCCUGCGCCCAGACAGGAGAAAACCAAUCAGGAGUUGCAAGAUGAAUUAAAGAAGUUGCAAGAGCAAAUGAAAUCCUUACAGGAACAGCUAAAAGCUGCAUCAAUUAAACAGCCGCCUCUGUGCACGGCCCCUUUGAAGGAACCGCCUGGUGCCUCUCUGCAGCCCCCACGUAAGGAGAAGAAAAUUCGGAGAAUUCAGGAGUCAGCGUGCUUUUCUGCAGAGCUCGAUGCCCCCGCUUUACCCAGAGCCAAGCGGGUGGCACGGACGCCAAAGACUCCUGCAGAGCCAUCUUCAAGGAUCAGCACACCCUCACAGCCACUACAGCUUACUUCCAGUUUUCUAGCCCCGAAAAGCUCCUCUUCAGGGUCGGCAAGCCCGCCCUCACCUCAAGCUGUUCCUGGAAACAGACGCAGUGGGAUGACUGGACAUCAAAGCAGGGCGACCCCGGGGACUUCUGGGGAGCGGCCCCCGCAGGUUUCCCAGGUCUCUGUGGAAGCCUUCUCAGGCCUACGCCUCAGGCGACCUCGAGUCUCCUCCACAGAAAUGAACAGGAAGAUGACAGGCCGGAAACUGAUCCGACUGUCUCAGAUCAAGGAGAAGAUGGCAACUGAGAACCUGGAAGAGAAGGACUGGGUGACAUUUGGGGUUAUUCUGAGGAAGGUCACUCCACAGAGCGCUAACAGUGGGAAGACGUUUAGCAUCUGGAAACUGAACGACCUUCGAGACCUGACUCAGUGUGUGUCCUUGUUCUUGUUUGGAGACGUCCACAAAGAUCUCUGGAAGACGGAGCAGGGGACUGUCGUAGGAUUGCUCAACGCCAAUCCCAUGAAGCCCAAAGAUGGCUCGGCCGAGGUGUGCUUAUCUAUUGAUCAUCCCCAAAAAGUCUUAAUUAUGGGAGAAGCCAUGGACCUGGGAACCUGUAAAGCUAAGAAGAAGAACGGAGAGCCGUGUACACAAACCGUCAACUUGCACGACUGUGAAUACUGCCAGUAUCACAUCCAGGCCCAGUACAGGAAGCUCAGCGCCAAGCGCUCCGACCUGCAGUCCACUUUCUCUGGGGGACGAAUUCCAAAGAAGUUCCGCAAAGGCACCAGCCUGAAGGAGCGGCUGUGUCAAGAUGGCUUCUACUACGGCGGCGUAUCUUCCGAAUCCUUUGCAGCAUCCAUGGUGGCAGCCACUGCUCCUAAGAAGAAGGUUCAAACCACGCUGACCAAUCUGGUUGUGAGGGGCACAAACUCAAUCAUCCAGGAAACAAAACAAAAACUUGGAAUUCCCCAGAAGAGCUUGUCUUGCUCUGAGGAGUUCAGGGAACUGAUGGCCCUACCCACAUUUGGAGCCAGAAACUUACAAAAGCAUUUAGCCAGAGCCAAGUCUUCAGGGAGCCCCAAACCUGCCAUCCAAUCCAUCUCAGCGUCAGCCCUCUUGAAGCAGCAGAAACAACAGAUGCUGGAAAUGCGGAAGAGGAGAUCAGAAGAAAUGCAGAAGCGAUUCCUCCAAAGCACAAGUGAAGUCCAGAGCCCAGCAGUACCGUCUUCCUCUCAACAGGCUGCCGCCCAGUCUCCUCGAACUGGGGCUGAGUUCCCCAGGCUGGAAGGAACCGCAUCCCCACGGAUGCCCCAGCUGGGCAGAGGCAUCUCAGAAGGGGACGAUGUUCUCUUCUUUGAUGAAUCACCACCACCAAGACCAAAACUGAGCGCAGCAGCAGAAGCUAAAAAGUUAGCUGCUAUUGCAAAAUUAAGGGCAAAGGGCCAGAUUCUUACAAAAAUAGACCCAAACAAUAUUAUAAGGAAGCCAGUGGACGCCCGAGCCGCGCUGGGAGUGAAGGAGCGUGCGGAGAACAGUGGCACAGUUUCUCCUGAAGAUGAACUGGAGCCUGCCAGGAAGAAAAGGCGAGAGCAGCUGGCCUACUUAGAGUCAGAGGAAUUUCAGAAAAUUCUGAAAGCAAAGUCCAAGCACACAGACAUCCUGAAGGAGGCCGAGGCUGAGCUACAGGAAUCCUAUUUUGAGCCACUAGUGAAAAAAGAACAAAUGGAAGAAAAGAUGAGAGCCACCCGCGAAGUGAAGUGCCGAGUGGUGACGUGCAGGACGUGCACCUAUACCCACUUCAAGCCUCUGGAGACCUGCGUCAGCGAGCAGCAUAGCCUCCACUGGCAUGACGGCAUCAAGAGGUUUUUCAAAUGUCCUUGUGGAAACAGGACUAUCUCCCUGGACAAGCUCCCAAAUAAACAUUGUCGUAACUGUGGCCUCUACAAGUGGGAACGGGAUGGGAUGCUAAAGGAGAAGACUGGUCCAAAGAUAGGAGGCGAAACCCUGCUGCCUAGAGGAGAAGAGCACGCCAAGUUCCUCAACAGCCUUAAAUGAGUCUCUCAGCCUCGCCCAGCUGGCCGUGGUGCUGUGGCUCUGUGCUGUGCCUUUUCCUGGUUGACACUGUGAGAAAGAAGUGCUUAGUAAUCCCAGGGCCUACUCCCUUUCCUCCGUGCUGGCCUGACACCAUAGUUAACAUUCGUGUGCACCUGGGAAACCAGGCCCUGCGGCCUUUCCUCAACUCGCAGAUGCCUGCUGUACAGCAGCCACACAGAUUUUUGUCCCAGAACUGAAAGGCGACUCAGAACCUUUGCCUCUGGGUCUCCUUCAAGCAUUAAUGGGGACACUGAGAGACCGAAGAGCUAAUGUGCAUGGUUAUCACCCACUUGCACACGCGGUCCUUAUGUGGAAAUGAAGCCCCGGCUGCAUGUCUGACAUCGCAGCACUCGGGUUCUGGAUGAUGGAUGCCGCUGCUGCUUGUGUUGUCCGGACGUGCUGACAUCGAAUGCCACAUUCUUUCCGUCUGGUAUACUGUGAUUUCAGCCUUUUCUUUGAAAUGAAGUCACUGAGCCAAUUUGUGACCGAGUCCUUUCAUAUAGAGAAGGAAGUGUUUCUCCUACAGCACUGUGGGACUCAGAAACUCCUAAGCUCUCAUCGCCUUUAGUGUGGGUUUAUUUAAAAUAAAGUUUGAUGCUCCUAAUAAAAGCAGAUAUGCAACUUGAGAAGAUGUAAAACGUGACUCAGAAACCAACUGUACGGACAGAAUCUCAAGGACUUUGGGUAGGGUUACAGGUAUAUUUAUUAUUAAAUGUGUCAAGAACCCUAAAUCAACACAUACAUAGCUAAUCACAGUAAACAUUUAGUUCUCCAGAUUAGACUAGUUGGACAAACUAUUUUCACACAGUAUUUGGUCCACGUGAAUGCUGGUACUGUCUAAGUGUAAGAUAACGGCAGGACCAUUAUCCUGGAGUCUGAACUCUAGCUAGACAUGUUUGGGUUCUGUCCCAGACAGCAUGUUGAGAGGGUAAAAGCAGUUAUCGGCUUCCAAGAGCCAAAGGAACAGUCGCGUGGCCGGGCCGGCCUCCAGCUUUGUGUCUGCUCUCUGGGCUGAAGGAGCUGACCACUGUGGUCCCUGAAUCCCUGGAGGUCUGACCACCAUUUUAUAGGGGUGUUUGUGCUUACAUGGGGUUUUGGCUUUGGUUUCUAACUCAGCUAAGAAAAAAAAAGUGUUUAUUAGUAAGAACCAAAGGUUCUUAAAACUAAUCUGAAAAGAGAUGUGUGUGAAGUGAGCAGCGCAGAUAUGUAGAUCAGGAAGAGCAGACUGCUCUCAGAGCUCCUGCGCUGUGUGGGAAACGCGUUCUUGUCUGCUGGGUCUUGGCCGUCUAUAAGAUGUUCAGAUGCUCACAAAGCUCUGAGACCUGAGUAUGGCUGCCUUCGUUCUUUUACAUUUUAAUUUCUAAAUAACUACACACAGUGGAAGCCCUUAUACUCUCACGGACACUGAGAGGUUGGAUUUGUGUGCAUUGUGUGUGUGGUUUCCAGAAUAUUCAGGGGUGAGAACGGGUGGAGGGAACUACCCGAGAGCCUUGAAAAUAUUCAUUAAUGGACUUAACCUUUGAAUCCUUCCUUUUAGUGAUUUUACGAGCAAUUAAAUAGUUCCAUGCAAAUCCA